AUGUCUCCAGCGCUCUCUGGCCAGAAAAAGCGCUGGCACAAAAGGAGGAGAUGGGUGGGUCAGAGCCCCGAACCGCGCAGUUUUCCAGGGGGGCGGAGAAAGGAGGGCAGGCCCCAGGCGGGAAGGAGGGAGGGAAAGAGGCGAAAGGAGGAGUUUUCUAGCCCGGCCUUCGCCCGCCCGCUAACACGCAGUCCCUGGUCUCUUCGGUCUCCUCCCGCCCCUUGGAAGCGCACUGCGCUGCCGUGGCGAGCUGCUCACCCACUCGCUAUGGGGAGCCCCGCACACCAGCCCGCGCUGCUGCUGCUGCCACCUCUGCUGCUGCUGCUGCUGCGCGUUCCGCCCAGCCGCAGCUUCCCAGGAUCGGGAGACUCACCACUAGAAGACGAUGAAGUCGGGUAUUCACACCCUAGAUAUAAAGAUACCCCAUGGUGCUCCCCCAUCAAGGUGAAGUAUGGGGAUGUGUACUGCAGGGCCCCUCAAGGAGGAUACUACAAAACAGCUCUGGGAAGCAGGUGUGACAUUCGCUGUCAGAAGGGCUAUGAGCUGCAUGGCUCUUCCCUACUGAUCUGCCAGUCAAACAAACGAUGGUCUGACAAGGUCAUCUGCAAAC